GCGUCCACUGAACUCCAAGAUGGCGUCUGCUGUGCUACAACGUUAGCGAGAUCAACGAGACUCCCAGUAGUACUAAAUAAAACAAAACUUGGCGCUUCUGUUAUAUAUAUAAAUAAAGAACAUAUGUAGCUAAACAGGCGCUAGCCCUUUAAUGUUUUGAUUAAUAUCUUUUCGACAACUAAACGUGCUGCCUUUGCGUGUGUGUGAGAACCCGGUAGCUACCUGACUAUCGGUUAAGGUUGAAGUUGUGUUUAAUGUUGGUGGCAUGUCCGUAAACGUUUUACUUUUUCGUGGAUCGGCAUGGCAUUGAGAGAGCUGAAAGUUUGUCUUCUUGGGGAGACUGGUGUUGGAAAGUCGAGCAUUGUGUGGAGGUUUGUGGAAGACAGCUUUGACCCAAACAUUAAUCCAACUAUUGGGGCAUCCUUCAUGACAAAGACGGUUCAGUACCAGAAUGAACUGCACAAAUUCCUUAUCUGGGAUACAGCGGGACAAGAGAGGUUCCGAGCCUUGGCACCGAUGUACUACAGAGGCUCUGCUGCCGCCAUCAUCGUUUACGACAUCACGAAAGAGGAGUCCUUUCAGACACUGAAGAACUGGGUGAAGGAGCUGCGCCAACAUGGCCCCCCCAACAUAGUCGUGGCCAUUGCUGGCAACAAAUGUGAUCUCGGCGAUGCCAGGGAAGUGACAGAGAAGGAUGCCAAGGAUUUCGCCGACUCCAUCCAUGCCAUCUUUGUGGAAACCAGUGCCAAGAAUGCAAUUAACAUUAAUGAGGUCUUCAGAGAGAUAAGUCAGAGAAUUCCUGUCGCCGAAGCCAGCGGAGCGGCAGCAGGAAAGGGCUUCAAGUUGCGGCGACAGCCAUCUGACACACGUCGCAGCUGCUGCUGACCCCCCACACCUUUCCCAUCGCACCACCGCCCCCCCCCCCACGCUCCACCUCUUUGACAUGGAAUGGAGAGCCCUCCCGGAUCCCUGUCAGGGAGCCCCUUCGCCGCACUAUGCAUGUGUAUAUGGCCGUACGUUUGCUCCGGUUGGGGGGGGGGGUAUUUUUGCCCCUCCCCUUAGACAUGUGUGUUAAUACUGAAUGUUUUUGGGCCUGUGGGGAGGACAGUUGGCAUCCGCACAGCAACGGUCAACCAGCUGAGCAUAAAAAAGUCACAAACUUUCUUUGCACACUGUUGACACUCUCUCGAGCUCUGACAUAAGACCGCAUUACCAAUGCCCAUCCAAUCCCUGACAGAGCCUGUCCCCCACCCAGGUCUUCCAAUCUCAUCAUUUUAAACCAGCUCCCUGUUUCUAGCUGCUCAACGCUAACAGUCUGACCAGACCUUUCAUGCUACAGAGCCUCUGACCCCUGUCCCCCUUUUCCAAUUUCUAUUGGACUAGUAAUACUUGAGGAAAACUAACACAAUGAGAUUUAUUCCUGCACUAUUCUCUUCAUAUCCCUUAAACCCAGCUUCUGGCAUCAUAUGUCUGCAUUUGACAUCAGCAGUCUCUACGUCACCUACAGGGAUCGCACUGUGUUAAUUUUUUUUUUUUCUCCUCGUACUCUUGGAUCCUUUUCAGCUUGUACAGGUUAGGCACUGUGUUGUCAAUUUGUAUUGCGCCAAAAUGUCCUGCUCUGAAAAAACAAAUCUUGAUCUAGUUUUGAUCCAGUCCUCACAGUGGACAAAAUAUCAAUUCUGUCUACAUCACCCUGCCUUCUGUGCAUUAUUACGUCAUAAGGCCGUGUUUAGCGGGUAGAUCCCUGUUUAUGGAUGGAACUCAGCAGAACUGUGAGGUUACAUGUCAGUGUCCCCAUGUGAUCCAAAGCCGACGUGACGAAGCAAGGAGCUUGACACACACAAUAAGAGAAAAAGUGAAUGUGACUUUCUUAAAGGGAAUAUGACUGAACUAUUUAUGAGAUUGAUAAGACUGAAUUGCUUUGAGCUUUUAUUUUGAAACGCUUUUUUACACAGUCUAGGUUAUCAGGUAUACCAGUUUGCUCUUUGCCGUCAGCCGUCAUGUUUUUUUAAACUGCUGCACUUUAAAAGAAAACUGUCUUGGCAAAUUAGAUUGUACAUGGAAGGUUUGACAAAUAUGUCAUAGAAAAAUUAAGUGCUUGGUUAUCUUUCCAUACCUCUUCUCAGAGAAGCCUAUGUUUGGAGUUUUCUGGUUUGUGUCUUCGGAUCGUAACAAGUCUGGCUUGUAAGCAUGCUGACCAGAUUCACAGGCUACAGAUAUAUAAUGUGAUCUCUCUUCCAAAUAUUUAAAGGUUUCCCUUAUUUCAGCUUUAAUAGUCAGUAGAAAAGACCCUGGAAAUGAAUUAUCCUAUUGUGGCUAAGAAAAUAACCUUUUUCCCCUUUUACAGUAUCCAUUUAAUCGGGAAUGUUUUUAAAAUGGCAUUUUAACUGUUUGCAUUUGGUGAUUUUACCCCUUAUAUCCCUUGCUGGGUUUUACUGUGAUUUUACUAGAGAAAGUAAUUUGGUGAGGUCCUGCCAAAGCUUUAAUUGUCCCAUAAAUGUUUUUAUCUUUCUUUCUUUCACAGAAUAAGUGUUGGCCCUCACAUCCAGCAAAUGUGACUUUAUUAUCUGGCUACAGAUGAAAAGCUAAAUAUUGGGAAACCUAACAUGUAACAUUUAAAAGGUGGACAAACCUUGGAUAUCAAAGGUCUUAAUAAAAAAUAAAAAAAAUGUCAGACGAUCAUUUUGUCUGACACAGGUUACUAGCAGACAGUCUUUUCCCUGUGUUCCAUGUUACAUUGUGUGCUGUGUUUUACACGUUGGCUCUAACUUCAGUUCUCCUGUGAUCAAGCUCGUAAAUCACGGGGCUGUCUUGAAAUGUACAGAGGGGAAAAAGGUAUACCUUGUUAGCUGUCACAGAUGAACUAAGAAAGGGAAUUCCGGCACGCUGGUUAGUGACGGCUGUCGGAGAACAGCUGAUAUGGUCAUAAUAUAGUAGAAUGUGACAAGCACUUGCCAGAGGUGUGUGUCUGAACUUUCUUCCUUAUGCCCAAGUCCUCUUUCCUUUCAUCUGCGUUUGGUUGUCGAUUUUCACUCUGACUGCCUCUUAUCGCCGUUCGUAUUUCACACGUACUUCAUGUAGUGUUACACUAUUCCUGGUGUCAUUUGAGGGCCACCUCUGCCAUUUCAGACGUUCUUUUUAUGGAAGGUAGUCUUGUAUUUCUAAGAACCAAGGCGCAGCUACAGUAUGUCUCUUGUGUCCAUUCUGAAGAAAGUUAAGCUUUCUGUAUUAUUAUGGUAUGGAGGAGGGUUUUGUAAGUACCGUAUCUCUCUGGGCGUCGACAUCUAGACAUCAUCCUUUUAAAGCUUAAUUUCUCGUGUGGUGUAUUUGUAGCAACAGAUUUUUUUUCCCAAUAUAACGACAAUAACAUGUCACAAAAUCUUUCCAUCCUCUGAGGGUUGUGUCAUUUUAUGUUACAUAUAUACACAAACACGAUGUAUUCUAAUACGAACACAGCCAUGUUAUUUGGUUUGCUACAUUAAAGAAAUCUAAAUUCUAAGAAAAUAAUACAGUAAAAAAUGUUUCUUAAUAUUUUGGGACUCGUUAAAUGAUUGGGGGGGGGGGGGGAUAAGGAUACAGUGAGCCCUCAGAGCUGUUCAGUAACCCAGUUUGAGGUCCGCUGUACCAGAAGCUGGCCUUCCCCUGAGCCAGGAUUAGGGAUACUCUGACUUACAACACAUUUCUGUGUACAUUUUUUACUCAUUUUACUCGCGCUUCAUCCAUUUUAUCAGCCUAAAUGGUUUAUUUUUCAAAGAAUUGUAUUCAAACUUUCAUGCAAAAAGAAUUAUCCAGUUUUACAAGUAAGUGUAGAUAAGAUGAGCUUUUAAAAAAAGCUUAAAAAUAUCUCUGGUACCACUAACCCUAUUGCACACCUGGCACUUGUGGUUAGGGUUUGCAAGUCCUGUGCCGUCCUUAGUGUUUUGGAUCAAUGAUGAGCCAAAAGCUGAGUAGACUGAGCAAAGGAUGCUUUGGGUGAUAUUUACUAGAAAUGAAUUUCCUUCAAUAUUAGACAUUCUUCUCCUUGAAGACUUUUUAUUCAUCAUCAUCAUCUCCUUUUGCAGCUGCGAAAAUACUGCACUGGUGAUUGGAGAUUAACUGAAUUUAUCCAGCUGACUCAUGCAUUUUUCUAUUUAAAAAUGGCUUUGCAUGUCCGGAUAUUUGAGCCUUAAUUCUUUUUCAUAUUCCUAUUUUAUAUUUUGGAAGCAAUGAACAUUCUCUGUGCCAACUUAAAACUGUCUUUAAUAUAAAGAAGUAGCAUAGCACUCUUAAAGUAGGUUGCAAUCACAAUGCUGAAUGGUGGCAAGGUAUCCUCAGUGCAUAGCAGUUGUCAUUGUGUGCAGUGUCUGUGUCCGUCUGCUUUGGUCUCGGACGGAUAUAGCUUCAGCAAACGCAACACUAGCUUAAACUGUUUACUAGAGUAACUUUCGGAAGUUUCUAAAGUAUUGUUUGUAUGUGGCUUACACUGUUUUGGAAAAUCAUCCGCGAGUCUGUCUUGGGCUGGACCUGAGAGUUUCCCCCUCCCUUCUGCAAAAUCCCAGUUAAUGUUGUGUACUGUUUCAAUGUAUAUACCAUUAAAAAUGUGGAUGAACACUUACUAUAUGGUUAAAGUACUAUAUGAUAUUUGCAAUUAUCUGUUUUUGCCACAGAUUAUAUAUGACAUUGCAUUUGCACCUACGAUUUUUGUCAUAUUCAGCUUUAAUAUUUUUACUAUUUCAUGAUAAGUGGGAGAAAGCCUUACAUAACUUUUAUGUUACCAUGAAUGUGUAAAAAGGGAGAUGUCAAGUUGUUUACUAAUAAAGAAAACAAACUUCUAAUGA